AACAACUUUUGUCGGACAAACUUCUUCCACUAGCCAGAGCUUGGGCAGGAUUUUCCAAAGACAAUGACAAUUGGUUCUCUCUCAGACCUGAUACAGUACCAGCGACUGUUCCAACUGAUCAUUGUGUUAGGAGUGGGUGGAAACCUCCUUAUUGGCUUCCAGGUUUCUGUGAUCACAUAUCCUUCUGAGGAUAUAAAGAGAUUUAUCAAUGCAACCUGGGUAGAACGGUAUGGCUAUCCCCUUCAUCCCGAAAGGCUCUCUUUGCUCUGGUCCUUCAUUGUGUCUAUCUACUGUGUGGGAGGCGUGUUGGGCUGUCUGUUGACUGGGCCUCUGGCAAUGAGAUAUGGAAAAAGGAAAAGCUUCAUGAUCAGUGAUCUGAUCAUAAUUGCAGCUGCCCUUCUCAUAGGCUGCAGCAGAAUGGCAAGAUCUUAUGAAAUGAUUCUGAUUGGACGCUUCCUCUAUGGCAUCACUGCAGGUGUCUGCCUAAACAUCCAUGGACAGUACGUUGGAGAAGUUUCACCCAAGAAGCUUAGAGGCUUUGCAAACACUACAUCAUCUGCAUUUUUUGCACUAGGAAAAGCCUUGGGGCAAUUGAUGGGCUUAAGAGAAAUUUUAGGCACCAAAUCUUUCUGGCCUUUGCUGUUGGCUUUGUGUGGAUUCGCAGGCCUGGUGCAACUGCUGCUCUUGCCGUUCUUUCCAGAAUCCCCGCCGUAUCUGUUGAUUCAAAAGGAUGACAAAGAAGGUUGCUUACAAGCCAUGAAAGACCUCUGGGGUGAAGGAAAUCACCAAGCCGAGAUGGAUGACAUGAUGAAGCAGAAGGCAGCCACAACGAAUUCCAGGAGCUUAAGCAUUCUAGAAGUGAUGAAAGAGAAAUCCCUACGGCCAUCUUUAUGCAUUGUCCUUGUGCUGAUCAUGAGUAUGCAGUGGUGUGGCCUGAGUGCAAUAUACUUCUAUGCCUUUGAAGUUUUCCGCACAGCCAAGCUGGAUGAUGUCCUUAUACCCUAUGUCGCAGUAGGGGUUGGCACCUGUGAAUUCAUCUCUGUGAUUCUGUGUAGUUCCAUAAUUGACCACGUUGGCCGAAGAGUUCUGCUGUGGGGAGGUUAUGCAAUGAUGGCUUUGAUGAUGACCUUCCUCAUAGUGACUCUCUCUCUUCAAGAUCAGUUCCCUUGGAUGUCCUACUGCAGCAUCGUCCUCAUCUUCUUGUUUGUAUUCUCUUAUGGACUUGGUCCAUGUGGAGGUGUCAUCUCUGUCAUGGUAGAGAUUUUCAGCCAGUCAGCGAGAUCGUCAGCAUUUGUCAUUGUGGGAACUAUCAGCUGGAUGAGUCUUACUGUAGUUGGGAUGGGGUUCCCCUUUGUCGUGGAGAACCUCGGUCCCUUCACCUUCCUGAUCUUUUUGGCAGUGCUCAUUGGGAUAGUGAUUUUCAUCUACAUCUUCCUUCCUGAGACAAAGGGGAGGUCAAUUGCAGACAUCACAGAAGAACUAGGCAGUAUACAUUUUGGAAAGAAACUCCUACUGACUGCUUUGGGAAUGAAUUCCAUCAGAGACCAUGGUUUAAGUACCAAAUUAUGAUGGGUCAGCAGGGUUAGAAAUCAGUUCUCUACUUGAAUGAAAUGGACUUUCAUUGAAGAAACCUUGUCUUGGAAUGCAGGUAGCUUUCUUUUAAGUUAUCAUGCUCACAUUUCAUACCCUGGGACUUUAAUUUAUUGCAAUUCUAUUUCCUCUGCUGUGCACAAGGUGAGUUGUAUACAUUUAGAUGAAUGUUAUCUUAUUAUUUUUAGCAAUGCAAAGGUAUCAGUUGGCAUGAGACAGAGCUUCUGAUGCUUCCUGGGAAGGGGGGGGGGGUUGUCAUAUUGUCAUAAAGCAUAGAGAUGGACUAGAAGGAUAGUAAAGAGUCCAGUAGCACCUUUAAGACUAACC